AUGAAUAGCUGUUUACCUAUCGUGUUAGUUCAGGAAAACCAAAAAUAUGCAAAGUAUAAAAACUUUGACUGCAGUGAGAUAUAUGACACAUAUGGGAAAUUGUUCGGUUACACGGGUGACUCGACAAAAUAUGCGGUGUCCCCAACGAAGUUGUCACAGCGUGGUCUUGAAUUUAGCACAGAUAGUGACAGAGAGUACGGAGGCGACGCGGUGCCCAUCAACGUGGAGGGGACUGAUUCCAGUGCAAGUCCAGAUGAAGGAAACAGAGAAGGACGAAGAAAUCGUACGGUGCCCAUGAGGUUUUCAGUGUCUCUUGAGCAAAUGGUCAGUGUUGGAACUGAUCUUGCCUCCAUCGCAAGAUCAUAUCAAAAGGAUGUAAUGUCAGUCGUCGAUUGCGUCAAGGAACUACUGUCUUCUGGGCAUGUACAAAAAGGUGGUAAGAUCCACCUCUUCGCACUGUGGUUCUUACGGGACAAAGACAAUCGAAAAUCCUAUGCCACUGCCGAGACACCUUACUUGCAUUUUAAGUUUGUCGAGUACUGCUUCGAGAGGGAAAAGAUGUCACUACCGCGUCACGUGUGA